UUUGUUUCUAAGGCUUCCGCAAUCGAGUUAUUGUAACAAGAUUAACUUAAUACAAGCCCGAUGGUAACUAAAUCUGUCGAUAAAACAGUCGGUUAACACAAAUAUCGUUGUUUCCUUUUUUGAUAAGAGACAUGCACAAAAUUCUAAAAAAAUUCUAAAAAAUGUCGUGUUUUCAAUCUGAAGAAGCUAAAGAACAGAAAAGGAUUAAUGCGGAAAUUGAAAAGCAAUUGAAAAGGGAUAAAAGGGACGCUAGAAGGGAAUUGAAGCUACUUUUAUUGGGUACUGGUGAAUCUGGAAAAUCAACCUUCAUCAAACAAAUGCGCAUUAUCCACGGAGCCGGUUACUCAGAAGAAGACAAAAUAAGUUUUGUCAAAUUGAUUUUCCAAAAUAUUUUUAUGGCCAUGCAAAGUAUGCUUAAAGCUAUGGAUUUAUUGAACAUACAAUACGGAGACAAAGCUAAUGAGGAAAAAGCUGAACUGGUUAAAGAUAUCGAUUAUGAAACAGUUACUUCGUUUGAAGCUUCAUACGCCGAUGCAAUCCAAGAUUUGUGGAAUGACAGUGGGGUCCAGGAAUGUUAUGAUAGAAGGCGAGAGUAUCAAUUAACAGAUUCAGCUAAAUAUUAUCUUUCUGAUCUUGAUAGGAUCAGAGCUGAAGGUUACUUACCCUCAGAACAAGACAUUCUAAGAGCUCGAGCUCCCACUACAGGGAUUCUUGAAUAUCCUUUUGAUUUGGAUAGUAUAAUUUUUAGGAUGGUAGAUGUUGGCGGUCAGCGUUCAGAAAGAAGAAAAUGGAUUCAUUGUUUCGAAAACGUAACUUCAAUCAUAUUUUUAGUAUCUCUAAGUGAAUACGAUCAAAUUUUAUUCGAAUCGGAAAACGAAAAUCGUAUGGAAGAGUCCAAAGCCCUUUUCAAAACCAUUAUAACUUAUCCGUGGUUUCAAAAUUCUUCGAUUAUCUUGUUUUUGAAUAAAAAGGAUUUGCUGGAGGAAAAAAUUAUGACGUCGCAUUUGAUUGAUUAUUUUCCCGAUUUUGAAGGCCAGAAGCAAGAUCAUAUUGCUGCAAGAGAAUACAUGUUGAAAAUGUACUUGAAAGAGAAUCCUGAUCCUGAAAGGGCAUGUUAUUCACAUUUUACAACGGCUACCGGUAUUUGCUAUAUCUAUUUGGAAAUUUUUGUUUAAAUUUCUUUUUUCUAGAUACUGAAAAUAUUAAGCUUGUAUUCUGUGCAGUGAAAGAUACCAUUAUGCAAAGUGCCCUGAAAGAAUUUAAUUUGGCUUGAACUAUCUUUGGGAUUGAUGGAAUAAAUAUGUUAUUUGUAUAUAAAGAUUAAAUUAGAUUAUAAAAUUGUGUUUUAGA